UCGGCAGUGUGUUCCGCUUCUCGCAGCGCUGCAGCGGGCGGUGGGGAGUGUGUGAGACUGUGUGAGACUGUUUGAGACUGUUUGAGAGUGUGUGUGCGGGGGGGGCAGUGUGUGUGUGAGUGUGUAUAUCGGCGGUGUUGGCUGUGUGGAGGACGGGACUGUGCUGUUUGAUCCGGCGGCGGAUUGAGGAGCGGCGGCGGCGGCUGAGCGGCGGAGGAUCUGAGAGCGGAGAUUUCUCUGUGAAGUAUUUCAUCCAGACGUAUCAUCUCAGCACUGUAAGCCCGGCUCGCUGCUCUCUGACUGGGACACAGAGUUAUUCACGAGCCCCUUAAGAGGAUUUUCUCCCUGACGACAGCGCUGCCAGGUAGAGGGGUCAGAGCUGGGUUGGGAGGAGACUCUGUGGAGCACCUGUGCAGAUCGUCUAGAGCAGACGUCGUAUCCAGUGUCGGGAGAUGAGGGCUCAUACACACGUUCUCUGGUGAAUGGAGCAGGGUGAGCAGUGAGGAUGCGUUGCCUGGCGGCCCGGGUCCACUACAAGACCCUCAUAGUGAUCUGUGCUCUGCUGACCCUCGUCACGGUGGUGCUGUGGAACAAGUGCACCAAUGACAAGGCGUUCCGCUUCAUGCCCCGGGCCCCUCAGCUCCCGCCCAGCCCCAGAGCCGAGGGCCUCCAACAGCAGCCCCAGCCUCCGGAGCCGCCGCCCGUGGUGGGAGGAGUCCGGUACGAAGAGAUUGACUGCCUGAUCAACGACGACGUCACCAUUAAAGGACGCCGGGAGGGCGGCGAGGUAUACCUGCCCUUCAGCUGGAUGGAGAAGUAUUUCGAGGUGUACGGAAAAGUGGUGCAAUACGACGGCUACGACCGCUUCGAGUUCUCCCACAGCUACUCCAAGGUGUACGCCCAGAGAGAGCAGUACAACCCCAGCGGAGUCUUCAUGUCCUUUGAGGGGUACAACGUAGAGGUGCGGGACAGAGUGAAGUGCAUCAGUGGAGUGGAAGGAGUCCCCCUGUCCACUCAGUGGGGCCCUCAGGGAUAUUUCUACGCUAUUCAGAUAGCUCAGUACGGCCUGAGCCACUACAGUAAGAACCUGACGGAGCGAGCUCCUCACGUGGAGGUGUACGACACCGCCGAGGAGCGCGACAGCAAGCCGAGCGCAUGGAGCGUGCCCAGAGGAUGCUCCCUGACCAGGAGCUUCGACAAGACCCGCUCAUCCUCCGUCCGCCUGUUCAACACGCCGCCAGAAAACUCUGAAGGCAUCUCUCUUCCACUCGGCAACACGAAGGACUUCAUCAUCUCCUUCGACUUGAAGUUCGCCUCCAAUGGCAGCGUGUCGGUUGUCCUCGAAACGACAGAGAAGGGGGCGCCCUUCGUGAUCCACUACGUCACCUCCACCCAGCUCAUUGCCUUCAAGGACCGGGACAUCACGUACGGGAUCGGCCCACGGACAGCCUGGACGACGGUCACCCGCGACCUCCUCACCGACCUCCGCAAGGGCAUCGGCUUGUCGAACACCAAAGCGGUCAAAGCCACUAAGACCAUGCCACGGCGGGUGGUCAAGCUUGUGCUGCGAGGUCGGGGGGCCAUUGACAACAUCACCAUCUCCACCACUUCACACAUGGCUGCGUUUUUUGCAGCCAGCGAUUGGCUGGUGCGCAACCAGGACGAGCGAGGCGGGUGGCCUAUCAUGGUAACUCGCAAGCUGGGCGAGGGCUUCCGGCCUCUUGAGCCAGGGUGGUACUCGGCCAUGGCGCAGGGCCAGGCUAUGUCCACUCUGGUGCGGGCGUACUUGUUGACUAAGGAUGACAUGUACCUCAAGGCUGCCCUUAAGGCCACGGGUCCGUACAAGCUGCCCUCAGAGCAGCACGGCGUGAAAGCCGUGUUCAUGAACAAGUACGACUGGUAUGAGGAGUAUCCAACCACGCCCAGCUCCUUUGUCCUCAAUGGCUUCAUUUACUCCCUCAUUGGCCUGUUCGAUCUGACACAGACUGCGGGUGACAAAGAGGGAAGAGAAGCUUCUCAGCUGUACAGCAAAGGCAUGGAAUCACUCAAGGCAAUGGUGCCCUUGUACGACACGGGUUCGGGCACCAUCUAUGACCUUCGACACUUCAUGCUGGGCACGGCGCCCAAUCUGGCACGCUGGGACUACCACACCACACACAUCAACCAGCUGCAGCUGCUGGGCACCAUAGACAACUCUCCCAUCUUCAGGGACUUCGUCAAGCGCUGGAAAAGCUACCUGAAAGGAGGCCGGGCCAAGCACAACUAGAGCAAGCAAGGGCGAGCAAAGGCGACAAUGAACAAUGGUGGGGAGUAUCACGAUCUCCCCUGACUGGAACUCUGCCAGGAAGGCCUGGUUCUCAAUGCAGGGAACCGAAUUAGCUUGUGCAGUUAGCACUAUGGGAAUAGUCCACUGCAAGCUAGCUGCAGUCCGCAGAAGUUUCCAGCCACAAGCUACGGCUGACCUCUUGGGCUUUUAGGGGUUUGAAACCGUAAUUGCAGCGCUUGUCAUCUCUGUGCUAGAGGUUAGAGGUUCUAAUUAAGUACAAAUGCGACUGCUCGCGGUGUUAAAGGGUGGUUGUGGUGUGUGUAUGAAUGUGUGUGUGGGUGUGUGUGUGUAUGCAUGGGUGUUGGAAUUGUUUGUUCAUUUUCCAGGUUUGAGAGCGAGAGAGCAAGCGAGAGUUGAGCCUAGUGAGAUUAGCUAUGUUUGGAUGCACUUCAGUCAGGAUUAAAGAAAACACGAUCAUUUUCUUCCACAAUUUUCUCUCUUUCUUGUAGUGGGAACAUGUUUGAGUAGCAAAUAAGACACUGUUAAAUAUUCAUGGCCACUGAAAAAGGAAAAGCAAUUUGGUUUAAAUGGAAAAAGAAACUGUAUAAGAAAGUUGUUCUAAGCUGCAAGACCUAAGGGGACACCAGCCUUACUCCUGGUGUAUUUGUUAGAUUUGCGAUUUAGGUGUAAACCCGAGUGGUGAUAGCUUUUGUGGGGAGGCAUAAUUGGUGACCCCUACUCUAAGGUAUGUGGUCAAAUGCAAAGGUCUGGGCAUUGUUGGUCAAAUUGCAUGUUUUGUUCUUCUAUCACAACUUUGAAUCGGGGGUCAUGCUGCUUUAGCAUCAGCAUCAGCUGCCAGAGCCAGAGAGAGCCCAAGUGACCAUGUUCUUUCCAUGAAUCACUUCCAUUGGGCCAUGAUGCUUCCAGCACAGGUGUCUUUUGGCCAAUUUAUCAGAGCUGAGGAUCCAGCAAUUUCUUCCAAGUGUGUUGUUAGCUGCCUAGUGAUGCGGCAUUGUUGGCAGAUCAAUGCAGCAUGUACUGGAAGAGGAAUCUGGAAUUUGCUGAAUCUGCAUGCCAAGACAUUGAUAAAACAUGCUAAUUCAACUGUCCAGCAGUGCCCAAAUUGCUUUUGCAUAUACAGCUCUGGAAAAAAUUAAGAGACCGCUUCAGUUUCUGCAUCACUUUCUCUGAUUUUGCUAUUUAGAGGUUUAUGUUUGAGUAAAAUGAACAUUAUGAAAAUGUUGUUUUAUUCUAUAAACUACGGACAUUUCUCCCAAAUUCCAAAUAAAAAUAUUGUCAUUUAGAGCAUUUAUUUGCAGAAAAUGAGAAAUGGCUGAAAUAACAACCAAGAAAAGAGGCUGAGCUUUCAGACCUCAAUAAAGUUCAUGUUCAUAGAGUUUUGAGAGCUCAGAAGUCAGGAUUUGGUGGAAUAACCCUGGUUUUUAAUCACAGUUUUCAUGCAUCUUGGCAUCAUGUUCUCCUCCACCAGUCUUACACACUGCUUUUGGAUAACUUUAUGCUGCUUUACUCCUGGUGCAAAAAUUCAAGCAGUUCAGUUUGGUGGUUUGAUGGCUUGUGAUCAUCCAUCUUCCUCUUGAUUAUAUUCCAGAGGUUUUAAGUGGUCUCAUUUUUUUUUCAGAGCUGUAAUGAACACACAAUCAUAUUUAUGAAACUUUUUAUCCAAUCAGAACAGGAUCUCUGGGAUCUAAUGACAGAAAUACAAACACAACACUAAAUAAAUCACUUGUCUGCUACCAGCCUUUAAAUGUAAGCUUAUAAUUACAAAAUAAUACUGCGUGUUUGAAAAUGAAAACAGUAUUGCAAAAUUAAAUAUUGCGAUACAUAUAUAUAUAUAUUUUUUCUUCUUCAACUAGUGUGGUCAGUUUGGGUGAAAUAUCACUUGCUAUCAGUGACUGACUGUUGUGUGUCUGUGUGUGUGUGUGUGGGUAAACUGGUCAUGCACUUUAUUGGCAUUGAUUGCGUGUGUAUGUGGUGUGUGUGUGUGUGGUGAGAGUGUGUUUACAGACUCAGAGCCGGUGGUUUACACGGUCUUCACUUUUCUAUUCUCUCAGCCGUUUUCUGGCUGUAUGUAAGGGACGUUUAUGGAUGGAUGUUUGCAGUAUUGUAGCAUGAGCAUCUCCUUUUGAUUAUGUUAAACCAUCGGUUUGUUUGUUUUUUUCAUCAAAAAUUAACUGGAUUUACAUUGUUGGAAAGAUUAUAUUUUAGCAAAACUAAAAGAAAAGAAUCUGUCAUAAUUAAAGUAUGUGUUACACACAGAGUAAACUGCAGACUAGGGGGGCUGAGUAACGGCAAGAACUUGACUAUAUAGGGGUUACGAUUAUAUAAUCCACUUGUUUAAAUCAAAUUGUAGAAAAUGUUGAAAAAUCUGAGUAAUAAAACCCUUAACGUUUAUCCAACUCUACUAUCUAGUGGGCGGGGCUUAAACACAACACUAAAAUCAACCACUUCUGACACCAAUCUUUGCAUUUAAACUAAUAAUUAAAGGAAACAAUUCAUUGCUUUUGAAAAACAUUGCAAAAUAUUGCGAUACUUCGAUAUAUUGGUAUUCUUUUACACUCCUACUGCAGAAAACCCAGACAUUAAUAUUCAUUCAGAGCAAAGGAGAACAUUUUACACGCUUUUACUGAUCAUCUUCACUGAGCCAAAUCUUACCAGUGGCCUGAGGGGGUAAAAGCAUCGCUCAUUUUAAGAUAAAUUCCAUUAUUUCCAAUAACCUGUCAAAACAAUUGCUAUUAGUGCUUAUAACCAAUGUAGAAAAGGAAAAAUAGGCCCAAAGAAAUAACACUUAAUCAAUGCCUCGGCGUCUGAAAGCCUGCCCUUUUCUCUUUCUAUAUUUGCAAUUAGAUUAAAUUCCAGCGUUUUCAACCUGAUCUCUCUCUGCUGCAUCCGUAUCAGAUGUUUAAAUUAUUGAAUUAUUAGUAGAGAGCACAGAACUGAGUACACACACAUUUCUACAUAUAAACUGUAGAUAUUAUUAAAGGAGAUUAGAUCUGCUGAUUUAAAAUAUAUUGAUAAAUGGUUGCAAAUUCCAAAAAAUAAAUGAAAAUAAAUUUAAAAUAAACUAUUAUAUAUAUAUAUAUAUAUAUAUAUAUAUAUAUAUAUAUAUAUAUAUAUAACAAUACUACAUAUCUUCGUUGUCCAAUUAAAAACACUUUUCUCCAAAACUGCAACUUUACAGGAGAGAGAAAAAUCCUUGUGAACUUUCAAUGGAAGUCAAUGUAAAAAUAGUUUAUUUCAGGUAAUUUUGAAGAGUUUCUAUUGGUCCAUUCAUCAAGAAAUUUUGGCACAGUGGACGAGACAGUUUGUCUGUUCAAAUGACGUAGUAAACUAAAAAUCGAUAAAAAAAAAAAAAGAAGCGUUUUAAUAGGACACUGACGAUAUAUACAGUACCAAUCAAAUGUUUGGACACACCUUAAAUUCAGUGGCUUUUCAUUAUUUCAAUUGUAUAUGCAUUGCAGGUUAAUGCCAAAAUCAUCCAAACUAUUUGGAAAGUGUUGAACAAACUUGCUAAAAUAGAUAAAGACAGUUUUGCACAUCUCUGCUGGAUUUUCUCAGUCAGCUUUAUGAGGUAGAGUCACCUGGAAUUCAGGCUUUCAGUUAACAGCUGUGCUGAACUCAUCAAUAGUUAAUUACUUGAAUUUCUUGCCUCUUAAUAAAGUGUUUGAGAGCAUCAGUUGUAAAGUAGUGAAGAGGUAGAGUUACAGCUAUACAGUGAAUAGUGAAUAUUUGAUGAAUGUUCUAUAAUACUCCAUAUUAUUGCAAGAACUACUCAACUAAAGGGGAGUUGAACCAAAACAUUGGAUGAAAAGGUGUACCCAAACUUGACUGGUAUACAAAUACCAGAAUGAUCAAACACACCUUGUUGCAACACACACUAACACCUUAUACACACUAAUCACACAUACACACAUACUAAUCAGAGCUGAUCCCCUGAGUAUUGAAGAACAGGGUGAAACAAGGAUGAUAAUAAUGUAUACAGAGAAACUGAUAUAGAACUAGGGGUGGGCAAUAUGGCCCUAAAAUAAUAUCACGAUAUUUCAUGGUAUUUUCGCGGUAACGAUACUCUGGACGAUAUGACAGAACACUGAAUAAAAAAUAUAUAUUUCGAUAUACACUACUGCAAAUAAAUUAAAAUUAAAUUCUACUACUGCACAUUAAGAAAUACAAGAAUUUUAUCAGAUUAAUAACAGAAUUAAAUGAUCCAGAAUGUCAUGAUACUAAUAAUCCUAAUAAUACCCUUAAAAUAUCUCCAUAUAUCCAGGAUUAAAGUAAAAUAAAUGAUACUGGAAAGAUAUAGUCUCUAGAUAUAGAUAUAUAAAAGGAAAUGGGAACAGUAUGAUAAUGACGAUAUUUCAGGGUAUAUUAUCGUUCACGAUAUUCAAAAAUGUUGGCGAUAUUAUUGCGUACGAUAUGAUAUUACACACCCCUAUAUAGAACUAAACUAAAAAAAUAGACAAGUGUAGAAAUAUGGAGGUGAUGUUAAUGUUUGGCUAUUAUUCUUUGAAUUCACCCAAUUUCACAUUGACCUCAAAGUGUGUGUUUUAAAGAUUGAUGUGGCAGCUGGAUAUUAGGUUGAAAAACAAUGUUAAAACUAAAUUCUACUAAAUUCAUCUUCAGUUUCCCCCAUCCUACACCUUGCACCGUAGUCCCCCUUAGCCUUAGCGGUGGCUUGAACUGAGAAAUUGAGAUGUACAGCAGAGCGUGCACGUCUGUGUGUAAAGUGUUUGACCUUGUCAAUACUUGGUCCUCAGAGGCAUUGACCUCUUAACCUCAGUAGCAGCAGCAGUAAUAGUGCGCUGGUGAGCUCUGCACACUGCAAAGCUGUAGAGAGGCAUUAUGACCCAGCAGACACCAACAGCUGACCCCAUGUUGUUAAAGGACUAAGCUAACGCUGCUUCGGCAUCAGCAGCCAGAGUCAGAGAGAGAGGGAGAGCGAGAGGGCAAUUGGCCAUGCUCUUUCCUAACAUCACUCCUUUUAUAUUAAGAGCUGGUGGGCAAUAUGACUAUAUUUGUAUAUCGUAUUGCGAGAAAUUAUUGGAUCAUAUUGACAAUAUGCUUUUCUAAGUACAGUACCAGUCAAAAGUUUGGACACACCUUAAAUUCAGUUCAUAUUCAGUCAAAACCAGAAUAUGUUUUAUAUUUUAGAUUCGUCAAAGCAGCACCUCUUGCUUAGAUUAGACAGUUUUACAAAUCUUGGCUGGAUUUUCUCAGUCAGCUUUAUGAGGUAGAGUCAUCUGGAAUUCAGGCUUUCAGUUAACAGCUGUGCUGAACUCGUCAAGAGUUAAUUACUUGAAUUUCUUGUCUCUUAAUAAAGUGUUUGAGAGCAUCAGUUAAAGUAAAGUAGUGAAGAGGUAGAGUUACAGGUAUACAGUGAAUAGUGAAUAUUUAAGUAAUGUUCUAAUUCAUAUUAUGGCAAGAAACGACUUUAAAAAGACCAUCAAAAACGGUAUGAUGGAACUGGCACUCACCAGGCACACCUGAGGAAAGAAAGACCAAGAGUUUCCUCUGUUGUACAGGAUAAGUUCAUCAGAUUUAAUAGCCUCAGAAACCACAAGUUAACAAACAGCACCCCAGAUAAGAGCACCUAAAUGCUAUUUUGUAUUUUGUAAAUGAGUAUUUUGGUUUGUUUUUAACACUUUUAAGUUACUCCAUGAUUCCUUAUGUGUUCCAUCACUAUUCAUUUACAAUGUAGAUUAAAAAAAAUGUAAAACUUUAAAUUAGAAGGUGUGUCCAAAAUGUUGACUGGUACUGUAUAUGACGUAUUACUGUAAUGUUUAUGAGAUUGCAAUGCAGAAAGUUAGUUCAUAUGAACAGUGAUUGAAAACUUGUGGUUAAAUUAGUUAUUUUCUCUUUGAAUAUUAAAAAAAAUCAAUACUAUUGACAAACUGAACUUUUCAGCCACCUGACCUUCGAGUUGGAGUGAUUGUUGCUUGGCUUGGUGUUUGUUGGGCAUUGAGUUCAGGUUGUGUGUGGACUCUGUAGUUCUAUAACCUUAAUAUGGCAUACGGGACCUCUCUGUGUAAACUGACAGUAGUUUUUUUUUUCUUCUUUCUUUUUUAUUUUCUUAUGUUACUUUCAUUUCAUUUAUUUUCUUUUUUGUUAUUUUAUAUGAUGAGCUAUUUUAAGUUUUUUUUUUUUUUUUACUUCUCUUGAGCAUGCUUGUUUUUCUAGCGUAACCAUUUAUCUCAUGAAUAUUUCUAUGCACAUUUCAUACUCGUCACUUAGCAGGACUUUAUAAAAGAGGAAGAAACAGCAGGAUAAAGGCGGUAUGGGUACUUUGUUUUUUUUUAUAAAAAAAAAAUAAUGCUAGAAUAAGUAAAUUCCAUAAGGGACUGUAAGGGGCUUGUUUUGUUUAUACCAAAGUCUUUAUAAAGUUUGAUUGUUUUUCUUUUUUUUUGGUUUCGUCUCUCUUGGUUUUCUGUUUUUUCUCUGUGUUUCUGUGAAGUGCUGUGUGCUGAAAUCCACAGAGGAGUGCCGCCGAUUCUUCCUUUCUUUGUUUUUUUUUUUCUUAGUUUUUUUUUAAUGGAGAGAUGCUAUGACAUAAAUAGGAAUAUGUGUCUGAGGGUGUGUUUUGCCUUCCUUCACAGGGGAAAAAUGCCUUGUAAUGUUUAGUUUUGUAUUCUAAGAUUUCUAUAGAGUAGAGAAGAGGGAAACAGGAGGAUAUUAUUGUAAUCACAGCUGUGUGUGAGUCUAUGGGGAAGUGUGCAACUUUAUUUGUUUUUGUUUAGCGUUAGCGCCUCAGUGCUACAUAUUUCGAAGGGAAACCUUAAUAAAGGCACGGGGGAGGGUCAGCGUUACGGUUAGCUGUUUCUAUAAACAGCAUUAAAGCACAACUGUAGUUUCCUCUGUUAAUUUAUUCUAAUCGUACUUUCUUUUAUUGUCUUUUUAUUAGUGUUUUUUGAGUUUUUCUUGGACGACGUGCAACGCCUUCUGUUUGAGAGCUGCUACUGUGGUUCACUGUGUACUGUGUGUUUAUUAUAGUGUGUACACACUGAUCGAGCAUAACAUUAUGACCACCUACUUGUGAGCACUGAUGAAACACUAGAGCAGGGAUUGGCAAUAGGCAAAGUUGUUGGAACUAUAAUGAAUGAUGAUAAAACAAAAAAUAAAACAAAUGUGUAUAUAUAUAUAUAUAUAUAUAUAUAUAUAUAUAUAUAUAUAUAUAUAUAUAUAUAUAUAUAUAUAUAUAUUAAAUAAAAUGCUUCACUGGUGAGCUUUUAUUUAUAUUCCUCCCCCGUCUAUCUCUGUCGCGCUAGGCGUGACUUUAGUUUCCACCCAUUCUUGGGCUUCCUAUCUCCUUAUAAGGCCAUUUUUUCCCCGGUCGUGUACCAAUUUACUAUCCAGGGCAGCGGUAGUGUAUUGGACCGCGACCCAGAUGACACGGGUUCGAUCCAGCGUGAGGAGUAAAGUGUUUAUUUAUUUAUUUAUUUUUUUCUUUAUUCUUCGGUUUACCUGCUUUCAGAUAAAUUAUUCUGCAAUUGGGUUCAACAACCCUCUUGGCUGGAGAGCUACUAGUCUGUAGCAGCACUCCAUCCAUCCCAUUACACUUCAUUUUUCAAAACAGAUUUUUUAUUUUGUGGCCCGACAUGUAAUGGCUUUGAAAAUUAACUUAAUUGCCGACCCCUGAUUUUACUUUACUUUAUCUACAAAAAAGUGGAGCAGCUGUAAGUAGGAAUGUCUAAUAGAGUGGAGGACACUAAAAGGAUUAAACACAGUGUUUAAGAACUCCAGCAGCACUGCUGGCUGCAGUGUAACUGAUCCACUUCCAUUCAUACCAUCACACGCUUUUUGUCUCUAAGGCUACGUUCACUUUACACAAAGACACAUUGGUCAAAUCUGAUUUUUUGCUCAGAUUGAAUUUGGCAAUCUUGACGGUUCACAUUCACAAAUGUAAGUGAUCUGUCUGUAAUGUGAACAAAUCUGUCCCUGAAACACCUCACGUUAAUACCCAGUGUAUAAACGUCUCCUUCUUCACCAACAACAAAAAACGUCAUAUUAGAGAGACGAGACUUGUAGCUUUAUAAAGGGAAAUGGAUGCGUUUGUUAGAAGCUCAUAUGUUGAGCAUCUUUUGCUGGAGUGGAGAAUAAACAGCUGGUCUGAAGUUCAUGCUCAGGUCGAGGAGGUGAAAAAAGUCCAGGUGGUUUGCUUUUGCUGUUUUUUUUGCAGCUAUAGCUGCACAGCUGCACCAAGAGAUGUGUGAUGGGUACGAGAGAGAAGCACGUAGCGCUAAUGCGUAAAAGUGUGAAAAAGACACAUGAAUUCCGCUGAUUUAACCAUGCACAUUCAUGUUGCAUGUGCAUGGAUCAAAUACGUAUCCGAUUUAGAGCAACAUAUAAAAAAGUGACUUGAAAAAAAUCAGAUUUGGCAUGUUCACACAGCCGUGAAAAAAUCAGAUCUGAGUCACUUUAGCCUGGUAAUGUGAACGUAGCCCAACACCUCAUAGACCAGUGUUCAUUACUGCCGUGCUGAUAAUAAAUGACCCUCCACCCAAAUAAUAAUAAGAUUACAAUAAUAAAAGGUGGUCAUAAUGUUUUGCUUGAUUGAUGUAUUUAUCAUUUGUUCAGUUUCUUCUGUUUUUUUCCCUAUUUGUUAAUCUCUUCCUUAUCCUACACUUCCUCUUCCUCCUCCUCCUCCUCCUCUGCACGUUCCUGGACGCAGACACGUGAGGCGUCACACGUGUGACGUAUGCAAUAAACCGCUGAGCUGGACGAGCAGCCGAAACCGCGAGAGCCCCGAGAGGCUGGACUGAGUUUGCAAUGCAAGCACAAUGUGCACAUGCCACCGUUUUUAUGCAGGAAAAAAAAAAGAACUAAAGUUAAAGUUUAUAUAAAAGAGUUGAAUCUGUGUGCUUUAAAUUGCUUUUUAAAGUUGUAAAAUAAAGGCAUUUUUCUUAAAA